CGUGGAGGACAGUGCAGAAGGAGAGCGAGGACGACGAGGUUACAGGGGGAACAAAGUCGUAGGGAUGUGUGGUCAUUGGAGGAGAGGGCUGCGAACUGCUAAUAUUACCUUGGCGAGGAGCACGAAACCGUGCCCACCCCAAAGGACUCCGGGGGUUCGGUAGCUCACCACUGGCAAUUCCUCGACGCCCGCGGGCAAUGUGCCCACCCGUCGGGGACACACCGGGUGGACAAGGCGUACGAUGCAUAGAGAUGUUUGGUCGGCAGGCGGUCGGGAUGGCGGUGGUGAAAUCUGGGGGCGGUGGUGGACCAGGCUGGGGGGAUUGUUGGCGAGCGAUGGCGAUGUCGUGCCUCGUUCCGGCGAUCCCGGGUGCCGAGGCGAACCCGGAUGCCAAGCGACUCUACGAUGACCUCCUCUCUAACUACAACCGCCUUAUACGCCCCGUCGGCAACAAUAGCGACCGACUCACAGUCAAGAUGGGCCUCCGGCUCUCCCAACUGAUCGAUGUAAAUUUGAAGAAUCAGAUCAUGACUACGAACGUUUGGGUGGAGCAGGAGUGGAAUGACUACAAGCUGAAGUGGAAUCCGGACGAUUAUGGCGGGGUGGACACUCUUCACGUUCCGUCGGAGCACAUCUGGCUUCCCGACAUCGUUCUUUACAACAACGCCGACGGCAACUACGAGGUUACCAUCAUGACGAAGGCGAUUCUUCAUCACACCGGGAAGGUCGUUUGGAAGCCUCCGGCUAUCUACAAGUCCUUUUGCGAGAUAGACGUCGAGUACUUUCCGUUCGACGAGCAGACCUGCUUCAUGAAGUUCGGCUCCUGGACGUACGACGGUUACACGGUGGAUCUCCGUCAUCUUCAGCAGUCGGAAGACUCGAACGACAUCGACUUGGGGAUAGACCUGACGGACUAUUACAUCUCCGUCGAGUGGGACAUAAUAAAAGUGCCUGCGGUUAGAAACGAGAAGUUUUACAUAUGCUGCGAGGAGCCCUACCCGGACAUAAUGUUCUACAUAACACUGAGGCGAAAGACGCUGUUUUACACGGUGAACCUGAUAAUACCCUGCGUGGGUAUCUCGUUCCUGUCGGUGCUCGUGUUCUACCUGCCGAGUGACAGUGGUGAGAAGGUGUCGUUGUCGAUAUCGAUCCUCCUGUCGUUGACUGUGUUUUUCUUACUACUCGCGGAGAUAAUACCGCCGACGUCCCUAACCGUUCCCCUAUUAGGUAAAUACCUCUUGUUCACUAUGGUGCUAGUGACGUUCUCGGUCGUCGUGACCAUAGCUGUGUUGAACGUGAACUUCCGUUCGCCGGUUACGCACAGGAUGGCCAAGUGGGUGCGCGUUGUGUUUAUACAAGUGUUGCCUAAGUUUUUACUCAUCGAGAGGCCGAAGAAGGACGACCCGACGGAGGGCGACGACGACGGCAAACCCUCCGACGGCAUUCUCACGGACGUUUUUCACCUACCGGCCGAAAUGGAGAAGUACAUGCCGUACGGCGCGAAAAGGUACAGCGCCGACUACGACGUGCCCUCCGUCCCAACGACGAGGUUCGACGCGGCCCCCAUAGCCGUCGUCGCCACCAUGGGGCCGUGCUUCGACGAGCCUCAUCCCGCGCUGCCUUUACCCGGGGCCGACGACGACCUCUUCAGCCCGGCGAGUCCCGGCUGCGGCCACGACGACGUCAGUCCGACCUUCGAGAAGCCGAUGAUCCGAGAAAUCGAGAAGACCGUCGAGGACGCCAGAUUCAUUGCUCAACACGCCAAGAACAAGGACAAAUUCGAAAGCGUUGAAGAAGACUGGAAAUACGUCGCUAUGGUACUGGACAGAAUAUUCCUCUGGUUGUUCACCCUUGCCUGUGUCCUCGGUACCGCCCUGAUUAUACUCCAGGCGCCGAGCCUCUACGACACGACGAAACCCAUCGACAUAAAGUACAGUAAAAUAGCGAAGAAGAAGAUGAUGCUGAUGAACAUGGGUCCCGAAGAGGAUUAAACGUGAAAAAUCCGCGCUGUCAAAGCCAGCGAUGAUGUAUCCUGAAGAAUUCGGAGAGCGAUAAAUUUCCUCUCGGUUUUUUGUUCGCGCUGCGUAAUUCCGAACCGCGGAGAGCGGUUGUAUGCGGAGAAUAAUCGUCGUCGCGUCGACGCUCGUGUAACGAAGACGAACAACACCUGGACAACAAGAAAUCUGUCAGCUGUUUAAUUAUUGCGAAUGCAAAGUCUCUCGAGUAAAUUGCGUGGUCGCGUUUCGUACUUGCGUUGGUACUUGUUCGUUAAACGAUAUUCUCUCGGUCAUUAGCGCACACUCGCUUGAAUCCGUUCACACAUACCUGAAUUGAAAACGUGAUUAUAAACGCGUAAGAUUACAAGUGCCAAACUCUCGGAGGCGAGCGAAUAUUUUUGUAAAUCUGGUUAAAUUCGCGCAAAGAGAUCAGACCUGGCUUCAACGGGGCUUAUCUAUUUAAACUGCCGUUUUAUAGAAGAAUUAAAUCGCCUCGAGGCAACGUUAGAGCAGCAUCUGUAUCGAUUUCUGAAACGGCCUCUACUUCCACGAUACAUAUAUAAUACAUAUAUACCUUAAACGGCGUGAAAGGGGGAAGAGGCAAAAGAGGGAGGGCUAAAAGGUGGGAAAACGAAACAGUUUUGCCAAAAUUCGAUUUGCAACUACAAGGUCUGGCCUCGCCGCUGCCAAACGACUCGUCAACGUUCAACGCUCAAUUUUUUCAGUUCAAUGAGGGGAGAAUCGUGCCAAAUUAUUAGAAGGCCUUGAUUGUACCGACCUGACGCGGACGAAAAUGAUUCGCUAAAACGGUAUAUACAUGUACGGUAUACGUAAGAAACUAAAAUUGAAAAAUGAAAAACACGACUAAAUCAUUGAAAAAAAAUAAAUAAAACAAUAUAAAAUAACGAAAAUAAUGUAAAAAACACGGCACGAUCAACCGGAAGUGUACGGAACAUUCACGGAAAUUGCCUCAGCAUUGUCAUCUUCUUUAUCGUCAGAGGCGGAAAUCACUUCGAUCGGAAGGCUUUCGUAACAUCGGUCAACUACCCGAUACCAACGAAUGAAUUCCGUCGGGUAAAAUGAUGGAACCUUUUCAUUCGCCUCAGCCUCGGGUUAUGAAUUCGGACUAUUUUGUUACCAGUCCUUAAGGUCUUGCAACGUUGAUCACCGUGCAUUGAUCGAAUAUCCCAUAUAUUCGAUAAGUGAAAACGGAUUGAUUGAACGACGCUGCUUCAUUCUUGAAACAAAAUACCACGAGAUUGGAUCCAUGAAUUUCUGCGCAAAGUGUUUUUCGUCUCUGUAACAACAAUGAUAAUUAUAACGCUAGUAAUAUAGUUAUUAAAACUAAUACUAAUAA